AUGUCUGAGAUUAUAAAGGUGAACGAGGGCGUCAGAGAGAAGGAGAACUCAGAUCGUCUGGAGUGGAUUCAGGCUCACGUCCAGUGUGAAGGAUUGUCUGAGCAACUGGUGUUUAACUCCGUCACCAACUGUCUGGGUCCCAGGAAGUUCCUCCACAGUGGGAAGUUGUUUAAAGCCAAGAGCAGCAAGGAGCUCUACGGCUUCUUGUUCAAUGACUUCCUGCUGCUGACACAGGUGACCAAACCUCUGGGCUCGUCAGGCUCGGACAAAGUCUUCUCCUCGAAAACACACCUGCAGUACCGCAUGUACAAGACGCCAAUCUUUCUAAAUGAAGUGUUAGUGAAGCUGCCAACAGACCCGUCAGGAGAUGAACCUCUGUUCCACAUCUCUCACAUAGACAGAGUUUACACACUCAGAGCCGAGAGUAUCAAUGAAAGGACGGCGUGGGUUCAGAAAAUCAAGGCAGCUUCAGAGCUCUUCAUUGAGACAGAGAAGAAGAAGAGAGAGAAGGCGUAUUUAGUGCGUUCUCAGAGGGCUACAGGUAUCGGUAGACUGAUGGUCAACAUUGUGGAAGGCAUUGAGCUAAAACCCUGUCGCUCCCAUGGAAAAAGUAACCCAUACUGUGAGGUAACCAUGGGUUCACAGUGCCAUAUCACAAAAACAUUACAGGACACAUUAAAUCCGAAGUGGAACUCCAAUUGUCAGUUUUUUAUAAAGGACCUGGAACAGGACGUCCUCUGUGUCACUGUGUUUGAACGAGACCAGUUCUCGCCUGACGACUUCCUGGGCAGGACAGAGAUCCGGUUGGCUGAAAUAAAGAAGGACCAGGGCUCUAAAGGACCAAUCACGAAGCGGUUGCUACUCCAUGAGGUUCCCACGGGAGAGAUCGUUGUCAGGCUGGACCUCCAGCUGUUUGAGGAACCGUAAAAUACCUGGACAGGAUCAUACUGGACUGGACUGGACCGGACAGGAACCAAAAGAUAUGAUGUGGACCUCACAGCUGGGCUGGAUUAGACUGGACUGGAAGACUGGAUUCUCUUAGUUUGGUCUGGUUCAAUUUCUUCCAGGCUGUGUAUGUUUAAGGAGAUUGGCACAUUUAGCUGAGGGAAAGUAUCAGUGUACACACUUUACUUUUUAAAUUGAAAGGAAAAACACUGAAUAUUUAGUUAAUUAGAAACAGCAAGGCCCCGAAUCCCAGACCUCUAGGGACCCCAGAUUCACAUUUGCUUUUUGGUAAUUUGAUUAAUCUCUUCAUCUAUUAUACAAUAUACACUGGGUCCUGCUUUAUUUCACCAACUUGGAGCACUGUUCUGUGUCACAAUUGAGUUGUAACUCUUGAUUGCUUUAGUGUAUAUUGUGCAAUUUACCACAAAUUUACUGAUAAACAGAUAAUCUUGGCUGGUUGGUCUCUCUGGGACCCCCAACAGGUUGAUCCAGCCUUUAGAGUGCGUCACAAUAAUUUGUGAAAAGAACAAAACAUUGCAGCUAGCCUCGCUGCUGCGUUUGAUUAUUUAAUUAGACUGGUUUUGUAGAAAUCUUAAUCAUCUUAUUUGCAAAGUAUCACAGGCAUUUAAAACAAUGCUGCAGUCUGAAUGCAGACAGCAUGGGGCGAUGGGACAAAUUGUCCAUUUUAAGUACAAAACUAUUAAAAAAUCCUUGCAGCUUUAGUGGUUUUGCACCACAUUUGUUUGAGUCGAGACAGUAAGUAAAGAGCUUAUUAUCUCAAUUUCAGACUACAUAUCAGCUUUCUGAAAUCAGUAUUGUACCUAGAACUGGAGGUCUGCAGUUUCUUCACAUCUUAAAUGUCUUAAGUACAUCUGCCCGUCCUAAAUUUAGUCAAACUGGUCUUAAAAAUGUAGCUGUUUUCUAGUUAGAAAUUGUACCAGUUAAGCACUGUACUGUGACAGAAGAACAAGCUGUUCUCAUAAUGGACUCCACGGAAAAUCCAAGUGUCUGUUUUUAUUCCAGUCCAGUCCAGUCUCCGUCUGUCCUCCUUCAGUCUGGUCCAGUCCAGUAUUUAGUCCAAUCUGGUUCACUUUGAUUUUAAUCCAGUCCAGUCCUCUUGGAGAUCGGCCGGGUCUUUACAGUUUUCUCUUCCACUGCUUCAUCAGACAGUCUGACAGACGCUCCAGUGACAAUCCCAGCCCUCCUUCUGAGUCCCAACAAACCCCUGUGUGUGUUUGUGUGUGCGAGCGUGUGUCCAUGAGUGAGUGUGUGAGCGACAGACGGCUGGUGUGAAUGACUGUGUGAGUGUCAAGGUGGACAGGCUAAUUAAAGGUACGGCUCAUUGUACAUUUUUAUUUUGUUAUUUUUUAUGUCAAGUCUUACAUCUCUGUCAGAGUGUUUUGAUCAUCUCUUCAGACUCUCAGCUGCGAGGGGACUGCAUGUAAAGGGACCUUGCUAUUUUGAAUUCUAGUGUGUUUUGACCUUCACUGAACACUUGCCACGAUAUCACAGAAAAAGCUAAAUAUGUACAGGUUUAAUGAGAAAUGCUAAUGAUGCUAAUAAGCUGAAAUUUAUAGAAAGAUUUUACCCCAUUAUAUGACAAGUGUCCAGUGUAAAUUAUAUCAAGAUGUCCCUUUCACAUGUAUCAGUUAUGACGAUGCUGAUGAUGAUAUGGCUGAAUGAGAGGCACACGGGGAACAGGUGCGACAGCUAAUUUAAGCUGAGGUACUGUAAAGAAGAAUGUCUUAAUUUCCUUGUUUCUGUGAUGCACACGGGGGUCGUAGUUUUAGGUGAUUCUUGUCAAACCUCUGUUGUUAUGUUGCUGCUGUGUGGAGCUGUCACAGUGGCCGUCACUAUGCAGGGGAGGACAAACCCUGAAAGAGUCGCGGGGCCCAGAGCUGGAUAGGGGCCCCAAGAACAUGCUAGGUACUACAGACACGUAUUUUAUAGGUACAGCCUUUUAGACCAUUUCCACACUCUAACCCUGAGGAAGCUCAGUGUAAAACAAAAUAAUUUUACUGUGCGUCGGCACUCCCAGCACUUUUAAAACACAAACACUGUUGCGGAUAUUAGAGCAGAGCAGGAUACGACUGACCAGUGUUACACAGUGGCCAUUUUGAAUAGUCAAAGAAGGAAACUAGAUAAAACUUAACAUAUAAAAUUGUUCAUGAAUAUACUGUAUGUUUCUUUUAUUUAAUGGUUCAGUAGUCUAAGCACUGUACUUGUAAGCAAACAUUACGCAAAUAAAGGGAAGUAGUGUAUUUGUUGGGGACUAUUUUCAGCAGCAGAUUGAUUCACAUUUGGUGUUCUAGUGAGUAUUUGGGGCAGGCGGUGUAUGACUGUUUACACUUGGUUUUAAAAUGUGUCUUGGGCAGUCAGAUCACAAAUGCACAGUGCGGGAUGCAACUGUAAACCGCAGACUAAAAAUUUUGGACGUAGCUACUAUUAUGUCAUCCAUUGGUUUAUGGACUCCCGAUUUGAAGCUUCAAGUUCGGCAUUACGGAUGUCACCAUUUUGUUUUUUUGGAGCCAGAAGUGACCACAUUUAGGCAAGAAGCUGGGGCAGUGGUGGAGCGAGGGAUGGCGCCCUGAGCAGCUGCUCAGUUUGCUUAUGCGCCAGGCCGGCUCUGUCGGCAGGAUUGAAAUCUCCACACAAGUGGAGAUGCUUGAAAAAGACACAGAUGUGAACAGCGAUGUGUGACAGCUGUCCAGGUGUGUUCAGAUAAUAGACACACAUUUUAAAACCGAGUGUAAACAGGGUCUAUGCUGAAUUGAGUCAAAAUAAACCACAGUAUGUGUUCAUGGUAAUGAAGGAGUAUGUCACAGAGUGGUCAUCGAGUUUCUGGACAACAGUGGAUAGAAAUAAGAUAUAUACACAGACAUAUUAGUAGAAUCAAGGAAAAAUAGCACAUCAUCAGCCUCAUCCUUUAAAGCUUUUUUAUUUUUGCUUUAGUACAUUAAACUUAAGGUAACCAAUUAUGAGAAUAGAAGCUAUAAUGGCUGCUUAAAAGCAGCAAGGACAUUGGCUAGCUAGAGAGCUAUUUAAAAAAAACUUCUGGUGCCUUUACAUGGGGCUGUGUCAGCUUGUUCAUGAGAAGGUGCCAAAUAAAAGGCUGCACAAGUUGUGAUAAAAGCUGACAUGUCUUUAAAAAAUAGUGUAGUGGAAUUGUCACCUGUCAUGUUCUUGUUCUUUUACAAAAGGGCAGCAAAGAUGAGGCAUCAACAAAUUUAACCUCUUAAUUUUGAAGCAUAUCAUUCACUUGAUUUCCUUUGAUGAAAACACAACUCAGGAGUUACUUUGAAGGCAGCGUUAAUCUUUCCCACCAUGAGUAUUCAAAAUGGCCGCUGCAUUAGAUAACAUUGCCAGUGCAUUUGUUAAGCAGAGCUGUAAUUCGUUAGUUAGCUAGCUACUUGGCCAGUUAGUGAACUUAGUUAGUCAUUUCAAUUGUAUGCCAAGGUUACUGAAUUACCACUGAGACAACCAAUAGUUACCUUAGUGACCAGCCACUGUCCAAUCAGAAGUCAGCGAGGCUCAGCCAGUGGCAGCAGCUCGACUGUGGAGGAAGAAUGUUUGUGUUUCCCCAGACUGAUGAUGAUGAUGAUUAGGAAUGAUGAUGAAUUUGUCUUACAUCCCUGUCAACCCCCUCCCCUUCCUCCUCUCCACACUGUACUGAAACUAAUCCAGUUUGAACCCGUUCUUACUGUCGACCUUCCAGGUUGUGUAUAAUACUACUGCUAUCUGAGAGUUAAUAUAUGAGUGCUACGGGGGGCGAUAGAGACAGCCUGCUGUUAAUUAUCACUGUAGAAGAUGAUGUACGUUGUUGUCUUUCAAUGUUCAGAAUAAACUUCAGUUGG